GAGUAGAAGAACAAACAAUAGAUGAAAGGAUAUCAAUCUUUCCGAAUUACAGCCCAGAAAAUGGUUUAAAUUGUGAUGCUGUCGACUUCAACGAAGAUAAAAUAUUCGGCACCUUUGGUUCUCAAUUAGGGAC